AUACAGCUACCAUAAAAAUAUCGAUGUACAUUUUUUUCGUAUUUAAUAAUCGAUACAUAGUUAAAACAUCCCUAACAUUUAAAUUAACUGUCAAAAAGUUUGUUUUGGGUGUGUACCAUCUCGGGUGUGUACAUUAUACAGUAGUCGUUUUUUGUAUUUCGAAUAAUAUAGAAUUGUAUAGAAUAAACAAACUGGAAAAAUGAAUUGCAUAAAUCUAGUCGUGGUCACAUUAUUAUGUACAGUACCUGCAGUUUAUUCCGUGAGGUGUUACCAAUGCGCCUCAUCUCAAGACAGCAAGGGCGACGACACGUGCGGUGCCUACAAGAAAUUCGACAAAGAAAGCAACAUCGCGGUAGAAUGUGGUAGUGACGAGUCCCAUACCCCUGGCGCGUUUUGUAUGAAACUUACUCAACAAGGGCCUAAGGGUUUUAUAUGGGAUGGUCGAUGGCGUCAAGUGAUACGUCGUUGUGCCUCUAUAUCUGAAACUGGAGUGACUGGAGUCUGCAAUUGGGGGGUGUAUGACAACGGUGUAUAUUGGGAGGAGUGCUAUUGCUCCUCUGACGAAUGCAAUGCGGCCCAUGUCUUAAAAUCAUCCAUACCAUUAGUGCUUCUACUAAUCUUAAGUAUGUAUAAAUUGUGGUAAAAAUAUGAAGUAAGGGUAACAUAGUGCCUUGAAGUGACAUUAAUUUAUCUAAAAAGGGUAUGCAUUUAAAUAUUUCUACUAUUAACGAUGUGGUAUUGGUUAUUUCGGAACAAUUUGCCCAUAAGCACCACCUGCUGAGAUGUAAAAGCUGUAAAUUUUAGUUAUAUUAAGAAAGAUAGAACAAAAGUCUUGGUACCACUCAGCACUGAGAAACACAUUAGCGCUAGGUACCUCUGAACAGCCAAUCUUCCACCGUAAUUAUAAAAUGAUUAAUGUUAAUAAAAAAAAUGUAGGUACCCCAAAUAUACAGCCAGUGUUUGACGGAACAUUCUGAACUUAAUUAUUAUAAAACAAUUAUUGCAUUAUUAAUUUUAUAACAUUGAAAAAUAUUCGUAUAAUUGUUGGUCUAUUUAAAUGGCCGAGUAUGGAGGGAUAUUAAUAGAAUCUACAUGUGGAUUUCACUCUUGAUAUAUGAGUUUCAGAGUGUAAUCAAUAAUUAAUACUUUAAGCAUUCUAUAAAAGUUACCUCUACUUAUGAUAUUUCCAAUACAUACAUAGUCUUUAAAAUAAUUAAAUGUUACUAUAGAGAACAAUAACCUAUUCGCUAUUGUUCUCCACUGUUUUAAUACUAAGGUUAACAUUAUAUAUUAUAAGUUUUAUAACAUUAAUUAUAUUAUAUACUAUAAAAAAUUAUAUAACAUCUCUUUAGAUAUUUUAAUGUCCAAAACAUAAGUAGCUUUAGUGAAGUUCCGUCCAAAUGUUUUUAUUUUUAAAGACAGCACAACUUUGACUGACUAUGCAUAUCUGUGUUUGAAUAUAUUUAAAGUAUAGACCACUAUCAGUUAAGCUCAGUGUAUUAAUAUUGACGAUAUAAAGUAUCUUCUAAUUGAAUAAUUCCCGUGACUUGAUGAAUCUCAUUUAAAGGUAAUAAAUAAGUAUUUGACCGUUAAUUGAUGUCAAUUAGUGAGGAUUAUACUUACAAAAUAUGAUAAGUGUACUGCUGACAUAUCAUUCUCUAUUUAUAGUGCAUUCACUAUACAAUUUAAUAAAUAUAAAUAAAUAUUUUCUCAUUUAUCAAAUUGCUAAACCUCAUUAGGCCAGCAUUGUAGACUAAGGUCUAAACUAAUGUUUCCCAACCUUUUUUAGGCCAUGCCCCACCUAAACAUUUCUAAAAUUUGUAUGGCCCCAUACAUAAUUUUUAUCAAAACAUCGUAAGUAAUACAUAUAAUAAAAAACUGAAAAUUCUGUUUAAAUUGCCCCCUGUAGGGCGUGGGCCCCACGUUGGGAAACACUGUUCUAAAGCUUAUAGGACUAGAGGAGACCAGUACAAUCAAUACUUAAUAUGCUGCUGUUAUAAAAUAAAAAUAUAUGUAAUUUAUUUUAUAUUCUGAGUAAUUUGAUUACCUAUGUUAUUUCAUAGUGCGAUUCAGUGACAAACAAAGUAUAUAAUAUACUAUGGUACACAUGAUAACCAAAGCUAUGUACAUAAUAUGGUUGUGGGAGAAAGACAAUCAACAAACAGUUAAAAUACUUAUUUGAAAAGUUUGUAAGUAUUAGUUUAUAUUUAUGGUAUUACUGGUGAAUAUACAUUUAUUUUUCAUAAUAAUUAAGCAACAUAAUAUUGUGUUACAUUACAACAUUGGCAUAGCUAGAAGCUGAUAAAGUUACACCAUUUUUCAUGAAACGAAAUGUGUAUCUAAUGUUAUCUUAAAUUUUUACUGAAUUUUCUUAUGUUAUUAUUGACAUGAGCCAUCUACCGACGGAUGGCACAAUAUUAAUCACUUUGAUUUAAAAUUGAUAUGUUUUGCUACCUUUCGUCUUUAAAAAUAACGCAGAGAUAAUGAAAGUUAUAGACAAUAUAGAAAGGAAGCGCUAUGUUCUUUUUGGCAUGAACAAAAAAAUAUGUAACCACUAGAUAGAAAGACAACAUAUGUAUACCAUACCAAGGGCGUCGCCAAGGGAAUGCAGGGAGGGCCAACUUCCCUAACCCCCUUAGAAGUUCUAAAACUCGAAUUAAUGCACCAAUUCCAGUCCUAAUCUGUUCAAUUACACUGCUCUAUGUUAUUGUUAAAGCAGAGGAGGGGAGUGUGAGACGCACAUGUGCUCUCGACUUUGCCUACAAUUCAUACUUCUCUCAUUCUCCCUAUCAACUGCCCAGCCUUGGUGACGCUCUUGUACCAUAUCGUUUUGUCAUGAAUGCACACAUGAAAAACAUUAACAUUAGUCUGUUUUAAGCACUCAACAGUUUUCUUAAAUAUGUGCAUAAACAUAUUUUGCUCUUAUUGGCAGAAAAGAAGAUUAUAAAGGCGCAUCCUUUAAAAGUAUACUUUUUAAGACAUAAAGAAUCAAAACAUAAGUUAGAAAGGCAGCUUUUCUGAAUCAAAGAUCUAAGAGUUAUUAUGUUUUUUUUGUGUUUAUUUGAUUCCGUUAUUCAUAUGUUUGAAUGUACAAAAAAAAAGGAUUUUGUCGUUGGAUGUAAGAAAUCUAAUUAAAUAAAUAAUUAAUAAGUCGAAAUGACUUAUUUUAUAUUUUUACUUCCAUUUUGAUACUGAAAUUAAACCUAUUAUUAAUAAA